UCGAGAAACAUAAUUUAGAAAAGAACGAGAGAGAGAGAGAGAGAGAGAGAGAGUCAAAGUAAUGUGGUACAAUAUGAGUGCUAACCAGAGAAUUAGAACGAACCCACCGAAUCAGGGGUCCGAGUACUCUGCCGAAUCGGGGAUACUCAACGAGAGAAUUCUGUUGCUUGUGUUCGAGUCUAUCAAAUGGGACUUACAGGUGCUCUGUUUGACCGCAUCUGUUAAUCGUAAGCUCAGAGCCAUAGCUAAUCGAAUUCUCUGGCGAAACCUCUGUGCGUCCAGAGCGCCGCGGAUGGUGGCUGCAUUGGCCAACGGAGUGCCCGACGGAAGAAUCAGCGGUGGGUGGCACGCGCUCGCGAAGCUAAUGUUCUUCUGCUGCGGUUGUGAGUCAACUCGGCAUUUCAAGUUGAGUCGACCAAGUCCGGGUCAUUUCGUGAAGGCGUCUCGAUUUUCGAAAACGUCGGGUCAGAGUUUCUUGAGCAAGAAGUGCCGCGGCGAUUUGUUGUACGUUAGCGACCCCUGCGAGCACCCAAUGGGGGAUAAAGAGGAUGAUCUAGGGAUCUACAGAGGGGUAUUUCAGGGAUUUAUGAGAUCGAGGACGAUGGCGUGUUUGAUCAGACGACAGGUGGAGCUGGAGGAGCAGGUAAGAUGUUCGUACUGCGGGGCCCGCGUAUGGAGCAUGUCGACGGCUCGGCUGGUGCCGAAGAGCGCAGCUAGGCGGCUUGGCUCCCACGAUGGUGGAAUCGAGUACUUCGUGUGCGUGAAUGGGCACCUGUACGGCAGCUGUUGGCUGCUGCCGUUGUCGUCCGAUGAAGAUGAGCGUGAAGGUACUCGCCGCGACGGCGGUGAUGAUGAUCAUGAUGUCGGUAGCGAUGAUCCCGAUGGAUAUCGGCGUUGUGAUUGAGACGAUCGUACGGCGGUGAGAUGUGGAUAUGUCAGGACUGGCCCACAUAUUUGUUAUCCUAACAGUAUGUAGUUGAACUUUGACAGACUGGACAUGAAUGUCGAACGAUGACACAGAGGAUUAACUGAUGAAUCCGGAUUACGCUCUGACUAAUUCUUUUC